GUUUCUGAAGACCCUCCUGAAGACUUAUCUGUCAUUCACCGUGAGCUCUCCCAGUCAGAGUUGGAUCACCUGUCCCAGUACCUGGACUUCUGUGAGCUCAACCCUCUAAGGCUGAGGGCUGCAGUGCUCUAUGCUCCCCUGAUGAACAAUGCCUCACUGUGCAGUAUGAGGAGGUAUGUGGUGCAGCACUAUUCGGCCCACAAUGGGACAUGUUCAGAAGACGCAGGAAAGCAGACCAAUCUCACCUUCCUGUGGGCAGAGCAAGCAUACACGGUCACAAUUCUGGCCAUCAAUUCCAUUGGGGCUGCCCUUGUCAAUUUCAACCUAACUUUCUCAAGGCCCAUGAGCAAAGUGAGUGUUGUGCAGUCACUCAGUGCUUUCUUGCUGAGCGGCAGGUGUGUGAUCCUGUCCUGGACACUGUCACCUGCUGAUUACAAUCUAUUAUACGUGGUUAUCAAGUGGAAGAAUCUUAAUGAAUAUGAUGGAAUGAAAUGGCUUAGAAUCCCUUUGAACGUCAAGAAGUAUUAUAUCCAUGAUAUGUAUAAUUUCAUUCCCAUUGAGAAAUAUCAAUUUAGCCUUUACCCAGUAUUUAUGGAAGGAGUUGGAAAACCAAAGAUAAUUAAUGGUUUCACUGAAGAAAUACUUAUUUUAGUUUUUCCGUUUAUGACCGCUUGCCUAAACAUAUGUCUGUGCAUCAAAUGCAUUCCUGACACCCCCAAAGAUCAGAGGCAUCAGAGGCAGAGCCAGGACAAGCAGAAGAAUGAUGCAAGGCUGUAUGUGAUCAUACCCAUAAUUAUUUUCUCCUGUGUCCUACUGCUUGGAACACUGCUAAUCUCACACCAGAGAAUGAAAAAGUUGUUUUGGGAAGUUUUUCCAAACCCCAAGAAUUGUUCCUGGGCACAAGGACUUAAUUUCCAAAAACCUGAAACAUUUGAGCAUCUUUUUACCAUGCAUGCAGAAUCAGGGAUAUUUGGUCCUCUUCUUCUGAAGCCUGAACCCAUUUCAGAAGAAAUCAGUGUCGAUACAGCUUGGAAAAAUAAAGAUGAGAUGGUACCAGCAACUAUGGCCUCCCUUCUUUUGACCACUCCAGAACCUGAAAGGGGUUCUAUUUGUCUUGGUGACCAGUGUAGCUGUGCUAACUUCUCUGGGGCUCAGAGCACCCAGGUGACCUGUGAGAAUGAGUGUCAGAGACAACCCUCGAUUAAAUAUGCAACAUUGGUAAGCAACUCCAAGCCAGUUGAAACUGAUAAUGAGCAAGGGCUGAUACAUCGUUUUGUCAGCAAAGGUUCCUCCAGCAAACACUCCCCCCUGAGAGCAUCUUUCUUGGGCAGCUCCUGGGAGAUAGAGGCCCAAGCAUUUUUCCUAUUAUCACAUCAGCAACCCAGCAUGAUUUCCCCACAACUUUCAUUCUCAGGGUUCGAUGAGCUUUUGGAAAUGGAGGGAAAUUUUCACGAAGAAAAUCAUAUUGAAAUAUCUGUUUAUUAUCUAGGAGCCAAGUCAGUAAAAAAAAAGAGAGAGGAUGGUAUGUUUUUGACUGACGAAUCAGGAGCAUUGUGCCCAUUCCCAGCCCACGGUCUGUUCAGUAACAUCAGAAUCCUCCAGGACAGCUGCUAACACUUUGUAGAAAAUAAUUUGACUUUAGGGACCUCUGGUAAGAAGACCUGUUUACCAUACAUGCCCCAAUUUCAAACAUGUUACACUCAUAGUCAUAAGAUGGAGACUAAGAUGUGUGACUUGACGGUGUAA